AGCCUUCAGUCAACCGGCAACGCCUUCGCUCGUAAGGGUGACCUCGUUCUUAUCGGUGUAGCCAACGUGUACCUGCGUUGCCUCCUCUUUGUUACGGAGUUCUCCUACCUGGCGCCGAUCAUCAGUACCCAGGGCGAGAUUGUAGGCAAGAUCCUCAUGGAGCUGACUUCCAGCCUUCUCCCGGCGGAGCCCCUGGAAAUUGGACCCGAGGGUCAGAAGGGUUCCUCUUUCAAUCAGUCCGACCUGCCGGACUUUCUUGAAAGGAAUGCCGACAGUUCAGGGUAA